GGAGCACCAAAGGUAAAGGCCAUGGAGUUGAUUGAUCAACUAGAAGUAGCUCGGAGAGGGCCUUACAGUGGUGGGUUUGGAGGAAUUUCAUUUUCAGGUGACAUGGACAUCGCACUAGCUCUAAGGACGAUGGUAUUCCUCACCGGAGCUCGUUAUGACACAAUGUAUUCAUACACAGAUGCCAGCAAGCGUCAGGAAUGGGUUGCUCAUCUCCAAUCGGGGGCUGGAAUUGUGGCUGAUAGUGAUCCUGACGAGGAACAGAUAGAAUGCGAAAAUAAAGUGGCCGGUCUAUGCUGGGCCAUUGACUUGGCUGAAUCAGCUUUUGUAAAGGGAAGACAGGAACCUUCAGUCAAGAUGAAUGGUUCUGUGCCAAAUCUAUUUUCAAGGGUGCAAUCAGAGUCUCAAAGAUCGGUUACUUCAAAAGCCAGAGUACAUGAGAAAAGAAACCAGUAAAAAUGAAAUAAUGUGCAUAAUUCUAAAUUGUUUGAUGUUUUUUUUACUGGACCAAGACUCUAGUUGCUGAAGAUAGAUAUUCAGAAUGCGCUUCUCUUUCCUGUUCCUCAAAGGGGAGGGAGGGUGAACAUAUAUAGCAAAUCAGCAGUUUGUAAAAGCCCCUGAAAACAAUUAGGACCGAGGUGUAACGUUUGGCUUAAUUUGGGAAUUUUCAAAUUGUAACGUUGUUCCAACUUUUGAGGAACCUGCAUUCAGUUGACUAAUUAAUAUAGUAUAAUUUUAGGAAUAA